GCCUCGGCCAGCGGCGGCGGGCAAGGGCGGGAGGAACAGUCAACGGAGGAUUUUGGAGCUCCACAACCUCGCGGUCGCUUUGGCAGCAUGUGAGCACCUUCUUGCCAAGAACUCAGGUCACUGCUGUGAAGGGGGCCUUAGGGAGAAGAAUAUCCAGAGGAAAUCAAUGCCAGAUGCGUCUGAAAUUAUACUCACCGCAGGCAACAUGAGCCAUUCUAUGCAAGCAUCUGUGUCCCACUGGCAAAGACUGUAGCUCUCCAGGUAGGAGGGUCCUGGAAGCAGACAGCGCCAGGAGCCUCGCGAGAAGAAGAAUGGGCCCAGAUAUAAACUCUCUACAAUGAACACAAUUUUCACCUUAUAAAGGAAUUUUAAGUAAAGCAGUUAUUUAAUUUCCACAUAUGCGAGUUCAAUAGCCUUCUGUGUGAAGUGCCAGCAGCCACGCCCCUUCAGAGGAGCUAUCAGGAGUUUUCUGGCACUGAGCUGAAAUUUUCUUGGUACUUCUGGCAAUGACAGAUCUUCAGGGCAGAUUUCUCUGCUAAAUGCUCUUGGGCAGGAGAAAGAGUAAAACCUCUGAAAGCAGUGUAAGAAUAGCAGAGCUUGCACAGGAACUCAGCCUGGACUCAGAAGCCGUGACAGAUUCAUCCUGCUUCAUUCAUCUCCAAAGUCAGAUCCUGGAGUGGCCUGGCAUUUGGGGGCUGCUUUCUGUGGCCCUUUUCUACUCUCAUCCUCCUCCCAAUCUUUCUCUUCAAACAGUCAAAUGAUGUGAAUUUGGGAUGGAGUUUGUUAUACUUUGGGGACUUGCUUCCUUUUCCAGGCGAGUGCUGUCGUAGAGGACCAUUUGAAGGCUGUGUAUGUUUUCAGGGAGGAGGGCACUGACCUUGCCUGGAUCCUCCACCAUGUUUUUGUUGCUGCCUUUUGAUAGCUUGAUUGUCAACCUGCUGGGCAUCUCCCUGACUGUCCUCUUCACCCUCCUGCUCGUUUUCAUCAUAGUCCCAGCCAUUUUUGGAGUCUCCUUUGGUAUCCGAAAGCUCUACAUGAAAACGUUGUUAAAAAUCUUUGCGUGGGCUACCUUGAGAAUGGAGAGAGGAGCCAAGGAGAAGAACCACCAACUGUACAAGCCCUAUACCAAUGGAAUCAUUGCAAAAGAUCCCACUUCACUAGAAGAAGAGAUCAAAGAAAUUCGUCGAAGUGGGAGUAGUAAGGCUCUGGAUAACACUCCAGAGUUUGAGCUCUCUGAUAUAUUCUACUUUUGCCGGAAAGGAAUGGAGACCAUUAUGGAUGACGAAGUGACGAAGAGAUUCUCAGCAGAGGAAUUGGAGUCCUGGAACCUAUUGAGCCGCACCAAUUAUAACUUCCAGUAUAUCAGUUUGAGGCUCACUGUCUUAUGGGGGUUAGGAGUGCUGAUUCGCUAUUGCUUCCUUCUGCCACUCAGGAUAGCUCUGGCUUUCACGGGGAUUAGCCUUCUGGUGGUGGGCACAUCCGUGGUGGGAUACUUGCCAAAUGGGAGGUUUAAGGAGUUCUUGAGUAAGCAUGUCCACCUGAUGUGUUACCGGAUCUGUGUGCGAGCGCUGACAGCCAUCAUCACCUACCAUGACAGGAAAAACAGACCUAGAAACGGUGGGAUCUGUGUGGCCAAUCAUACUUCUCCUAUUGAUGUGAUCAUUUUGGCCAGUGAUGGCUACUAUGCCAUGGUGGGUCAAGUGCACGGAGGACUCAUGGGUGUGAUUCAGAGAGCCAUGGUGAAGGCCUGUCCUCAUGUCUGGUUUGAGCGCUCUGAAGUGAAAGAUCGCCACCUGGUGGCCAAAAGACUGACAGAGCAUGUGCAGGAUAAAAGCAAGCUGCCUAUCCUCAUUUUCCCAGAAGGAACCUGCAUUAAUAAUACCUCGGUGAUGAUGUUCAAAAAGGGAAGUUUUGAAAUUGGAGCCACAGUUUACCCUGUUGCUAUCAAGUAUGACCCUCAGUUUGGUGAUGCCUUCUGGAAUAGCAGCAAGUAUGGGAUGGUGACGUACCUGCUGAGGAUGAUGACCAGCUGGGCCAUUGUCUGCAGUGUUUGGUACCUGCCACCCAUGACCAGGGAGACUGAUGAAGAUGCUGUCCAGUUUGCAAACCGAGUGAAAUCUGCCAUUGCCAGGCAAGGAGGACUCGUGGACCUACUAUGGGAUGGUGGUCUGAAGAGGGAGAAGGUGAAGGACACAUUCAAGGAGGAGCAACAGAAGCUGUAUAGCAAGAUGAUCGUUGGGAACCACGAGGACAGGAGCCGUUCCUGA